CCAACCGGAAACGUGAGUAGCUGGAAUCGUAAAACAACAAGAAAAGCUGUGGCUGUAUUUUUUAUCUGGAGUAAAACCAAGCCCUUGAAAUCAAAAUGUCUGGAUCAUCAACCGUGAAUACAAUGAAGAAAGUCGUGCAGCAGUUGCGAUUUGAAGCAAGUAUAAGCAGAGUAAAGGUGUCCAAGGCCGCCGCUGAACUGCAACAGUUUUGCUUACAGAAUGCCAACCAGGACCCUUUGCUGACAGGGGUGUCUUCCAGCACAAACCCAUUCAGACCGCCUAAAGUGUGCUCGUUUUUGUAGCUCAAAUACUCGGCUUUUUAUUUAACUGGUUUAUAAUGCCUGAUCUUCACCAACAAAUUCUGUCACCACCUCCCUCGAUGUCUGAGAAGACCUUUUACAUGAACCAUUAUUUCAAGUCUUAAGUGCUGGUUCUCGAUGUUAAAACAUAUGCUUACCUGACUUUUUUCUGUACCUGCCUCGUCUGCUUUAGUUGCCUUAUCUUUUAAUGAAGAACCAGUUAUGGAUAUAUUUUAUUCAGAAAAUGAAUUUAACAAAUGGGACUGAACAGAUUUAUUUCAAUAAUAUUUGCUGAAGUAUUUAUACUCGUGGGCUGAUCAAUAUUUGCUAACACUAUUGCCAAUGUUUGUAUUGCUGCUUUCCAGUAAAACAGGUAAAUAUGUAGAAAAUACUGUCCCUAUUUUAUUUGACUGUGGAACCAAAAUGGAUUUACCUCUUAAGCCAAUGCUGCAGUCUUUGUUGAUUGCCGUUUCUGACCGAUGACGACUGUGUGCUUAGACUCGAGUCUCCCGUUUGGAUCAAUGCAAUGAUACUUUUAUGCCUUUACAUGUUCCACUACUGCAUUAAUCAAAUUUGAUGGGGUGGUGAUGACUGAAUUGAACAAAACUCCAUACUGUGGUUGUAAUAGAAACUUCACUUUGAUGCUUAACUUUGUAGAAUACUGGUUUACUGUUUGCUAUUUGAAGCCUGUCAACAACAUGGCUGCCUUUUAAAUUAAAAUUAGUUUAUUGUUACAUCAGUACUUAACUUGCAUUAAAAAAAAAAAAAAAAAAAAAAAAUUGUUUCCCCCAAUGAGAUACUUCAGCUAUUGUGUGGAAUGGGACCAAUUUUACACUCCUCAAAAAUAUAACUUUGUUUUGUUUUUACAUUGAAGAAAGAAAUGUACACAAUAAGAUGCAAAUAAGUUUAAUAUAACAAGUAAGAUUGUGUUACAUAACAUCAACUUACAGUUCAGAAGGAAAAAAAAGCCAAAAUAAAUAAUUUUUUAUUUGCUUAAAAA